AUGGAUUCAACUUAUACACCUCAAUCUCCCGAUUUAUCAGGUUUCUUACCACCUGAUUCCAAUCCCAACAAACAUCAACAAUCCUUUCAUCCAUUAAUCACUUCAUCGGGAACUUCAUCAUUAUCAUCAUAUGCACCUCGAUCACCGGGGAUUCCUCAUUUUGGCAAUGGUACUAUGCCUACACCUACAUCGACAUCAACAACAACAUCAACAACAUCAAGCCUUUCUCAACCAAUACAACAUCUCAAUUAUCAUCCAAGUCAAUCAAAUCCAUCAAAUCAUUCAAACCAUCCAAGAUUCACGGCCAAUAAUCCUGGAAAUUUAGUGAAUGAAUUUCCAGAUUAUAAUACAUUUAACACCACAAAUCAAUAUAUGCCACCAAUUCCCGCAUUACCACCUACACAUUCUUUCGGAAGUCAAGGAACAACUUUAACCACUACUGCCACUACUGCCACUACGGCCACUACUGCGAUAACUCCAACCACGGCUCCACAAUUUUACUACCCCUCUCAUUCUCAUUCUCAUUCUCAUUCUCAUUCUCAUUCUCAUUCUCAUUCGGAUUCUUUUUCUCAUUCUCACUCUCAGACCAUCAAAUCAGAUUUUGUUAAUAAUAAUAACAAUUCACCUAUCAUUACAUCCUCUUCUUCCGCUUCUCAUUCACAACCACAUUCACAACCACAUUCGCAAUAUCUCGAUCAAUUCCAAAAUACUGAAGCGGCAUUAUCUUCUCAAUCCCCUUACGAUCAUCGCAUCCCUUCGCCAUUCAAUCUGGGUAAUGAUCCAGUAGAGAUAUAUCAAUACAACAACAACCCUCACAAUCCUCUCUACCACGAAUCAUAUACAAAUCAACUUGAUACCACAACGCGACAACCUCGUCAAUCACGCGUCAAACCUCAACCUAUUACCGCCGCCCCAUUCAAUCAAUCGCACGCUCCUCAAUACCAACCCAAUAUGUCUUUCGCCAUAGCACCCCAACCCCCCGCGGCUCCUCCUUCGAACAAAAAUCCAAAUCCAGAUGGAAUAGAAAUCCGCACGAAAUUUCCCGUCGCCCGCAUAAAACGUAUAAUGCAAGCCGAUGAAGAAGUAGGAAAGGUCGCGCAAGUUACUCCGGUCGCAGUAUCGAAAGCCUUGGAACUUUUCAUGAUAUCGUUAGUACAAGGCGCGGCAAAAGUCGCGAGGGAGAAGGGAGGAAAAAGAGUGACGGCGGGUUGUUUGAAGAGAGUGGUGGAGGAGAAUGAUCAAUUUGAUUUCUUGAGUGAGAUUGUAGGGAGGGUUCAAGAGGUUGUGCCGGCGGCGAAGGAGGAGAAGGAUGGGGAGGGAAAAAAGAGGAAAGCUUCGGCGGCGAAAAAGGAAGAGGGCAGUGAGAGUGAAGUGGAACCGGAAGUGGAUGCGGGUGAACCGAAGAAAAAAGGAAGAGGAAAGGGAAAGGGAGGAAGGAAGAAGAAGGUCGAGGUUGAAUCUUGA